GGCGGUUUUAAUGGGUGUAUGGGGGGUGUGGGAUGGGGUUUGCUUCCGGUCGUGGGUGGGGGUUUAAUAUCUGUUUUGUUGUUUUGUUUAUUUAUCUCUUGUUGCUCUCGCCUUGCUCUUCUAGGAAGAGAGGGCAGAGAGAUACGGCCCUCGACAUGGCGCUGGCUCGCUCUGGAAGGGUUUAAUUGUUGGAUGAUGUACGAUGACAGGACGAUGGGAUGUUUAGGGUGUAAUGCAGAAUAUACUGUCACUGUAUCCGGAAACGGCGGCCUUCCGAAUCGGGUAUGGUACUCCGUCAGAUUCGCGGCUUUCUAAGCAGUAUUCUUGUUGGAUAGAGUGGCGGACCUGUUUGUGGGCGGGUCGAGGAAUCAGAAAACGGUAUAAGUACCACCUA